AGUUUCAACAAGUACUUGAGCAUCUCUGCCAAGAUCACCCGCUCCGCUUUGAAGCCAAACUUGAAAGUUGCCGCUGAAAAGAGAGGUCUCUCUGACGCCAAGGUUGUCACCUUCAAGAACGGUGCCGCCACUAGUGAGACCAAGCCACUCUCUGAAUUCGCCUAA